AGUAUAUAAAGGUCCCAGGGAAAUAGAAGGCACACACCCAUUUGAGAAACUUCCUCUUGCAACCCACCUGAAUUCACAUUCCUAGACAACAUGUGUUGCAACUUCUAUGGCAACUCCUGUGGCUAUGGCUGUGGAAACAGCUAUAGCUGUGGAUUUAGCCCCUAUUAUGGCUGUGGUUAUGGUACUGGAUAUGGCUGUGGAUACGGCUGUGGAUAUGGCUCCCGCUAUGGCUGUGGUUAUGGAACUGGAUAUGGCUGUGGAUAUGGAUCUGGCUUUGGCUAUUGCAGCUACCGGCCAGUUUGCUAUAGGACGUGUUAUUCUUCUUGCUGUUAGAACAUCACUAUCCAAGCCCCAUUUGUUUCUGUAAUGAUACAUCUAAAGACAAUGCUGACUCAGGAUCUAUAACCCACGGUUGCUAUGUCCAAGAAAUUACAUGCCUGACAGAGGCUUUGAUCUCCAACUGCCCAUUUUUCUAUUGGCAUCUUUGUGGCUUGAGGCCCCGUGGUAGCAUCUGACCAUUUUCCAAAAGUUAGCCUUUACCCUCCUCAUUUUUUGACUCUCUGUUAUGACUGUAUUGAUGAUCCCAACAUUUUGCAAUUGAGGAAAUCACUUAUUCUCAAUAAAAAUGGUUCAUUGUUUCUAACAA